AUGGUUGCUAUGCAAAUUGAAAUCAAUGGCCGUGGUGGUGUGAUAUUGCUGGAUCCAGGUUAUCAAAUCGGUAGAGUCAUAACUGUAAUGGUUGAUCAACAAUAUCCUCAUACUGGUCGUUUUGUACCAUCAUCUUGUCCGCAAAAAGAGUACUGUUAUCAAACAAUGGUCGGCGAAAAGUAUGUGCAAUGGUCUGUAUGGAAUGGAUCAAAAAAACCAGAAACCAACCUGGUAUAUAUAGGGGCGUCUUAUCAUUCACCGGUGUCUGUCACCGAACGUCGAAAUUUAGUUUACAACUUUAGAAGCUUAUUGGCCACCGAUAGAAAAGGUCAUUUGUUGGCUGGUGUCUAUUUCAAAGCAGCACCACAGUCCACAUUCACAUUGUUUUGCGAUGAUGACCAGGAUUCAACAAUUAAACACCGAAUUAAAGUUCCAUCUGCUAAACUUAUUACAUUAAAUGAAGUCAAUAACGAUGUCGAGAAGAUAUUAGAUACAUGUAGUAAACACCUUAAGAUGACUAAGGUUCAGUUUCGUAAUGUAUUAUCUGCACUAGCAAAAAUAUUAGAAGACAAAGAUUUUCUCGAUCAAAUGUGCAAAAUUAAUGAUGAUAUAUACAAACUUGGAGUUGAUGAAAAUAACAAUAAUGAAGGCGCUACUAAUUAUAAUUUAUCCGGUUAA